GCAGCUCUAACGCAUACACAUAAAGUCAUUCUCUGCUGAAAAUUUGUUGGAAAGUUUGACUUUCGUUUAAGUUGUUAAACAAAAUCAAAUACAGUUAUUUGGGAAUUAGUUUUUUUUGUUGGUUAACAAGAAGAGCCCAGCCGCCGCCGCCGUCGUCGCUGUCGCCGCCAUCUUGUUUUGUAUAUUGUGUGUGGAAAUAAAAGUAAUUUGUCAAUAUCGAACGCGUCAAGUUGAUAAACAAACAAAUAAAGAAAAAAGAAAAAUCGCGUACGCUCAAGCUUCCCCGAAGAUAUUGAUAUAACGCAAGAACCGUGGACGACGCCGCAGCCGAUACCGUCGCCGUGAUGCCCGGAGCCGGCACGUUCAAGUUGUUCAUCGGUAAUCUCGAUGAGAAGACGCAGGCAACGGAACUGCGGGCGCUUUUCGAAAAAUACGGUACUGUCGUCGAAUGCGAUGUGGUGAAGAACUAUGGCUUUGUGCAUAUGGAAACCGAGCAACAGGGUCGCGAUGCAAUCCAGAAUUUGAACGGUUACGUACUGAGCGAUAAUGCCAUCAAGGUCGAGGCCGCCAAGAGUCGACGCGUUCCAAAUACGCCGACAACGAAAAUCUUCGUUGGAAAUUUGACGGAUAAAACUCGGGCGCCGGAGGUGCGUGAACUAUUUCAGAAAUACGGCACCGUCGUCGAAUGUGACAUUGUACGGAAUUAUGGUUUCGUCCAUUUGGAUUGUGUCGGUGAUGUGCAGGAUGCCAUCAAGGAGUUGAACGGUCGCGUUGUCGAUGGCCAGCCACUCAAGGUUCAGGUCUCCACCAGUCGUGUACGGCCCAAGCCGGGCAUGGGCGAUCCGGAGCAGUGUUAUCGUUGCGGCCGUUCCGGUCAUUGGUCGAAAGAGUGUCCGCGUUGGACUGGCAUUGGUGGACGCGAGCCGCCACCACCGCUCAGUGCCGGCGGCUACAGAGAUCGCAUGUACAGUCGUGAUCCGUAUCCGCCACCACCGCCGCCGCCGCCAUUCCUGCGUGAUCGCAUUAUGGACGGCUUUAGGGACUAUGAUUAUUACGACCGUCGCUUCGAGGAUUCACGCGAUAUGUACGAGCGUCGCUAUCAGUCGUCGCGUAUGCGCGAUUUCCCACCGCCGCCAAUAUCGCGUCGCGAGCCUAUGCCGCUCCCCCCACCGCUGAGCGGCAGUCUGCGCUCCUGCAGCGUCUCUCGUGGAUAUGAUACACUAUUCAGUCGCCGUUCACCUCCGCCACCGCGAAGCAGCAACGGCAUGAGUCGUUAUGGCUCACCGACACCGCACGGCUAUGAGGAUUUCAGUCGCGACUCCUUUGAUGAGCGUAUGAUCUCGUCACGAGGCAUGCGCGGUCCAUCGCCGCCAGGACGUCGCUAUGCGCCUUACUGAGAUGAGUUGUAUUAUCACGGCAGCAGCUGAGUGCCAGCGUCUGCUUUUGGCGGUGUAUUUGCAACAACUGCUCCUCCAUUUCUACCCAUAUACAACUACAACUGCAACUACAACACGUUCAGCAGUGCAGCAUGUUGGCUGUUAUUCUGGUCGCCAACUCAGCAUCAUCAUCAUCAACUGCAGCAGUUGCCGUUUCUCCACAUGUGGCUGCCACCGCCUUGGUAGUCGUAGUCGUCCAACAUGCAUAAUUUAAAUCUUUUAAGCGACAACUAAGAAAAACAAAACUAAACAAAAACAAUUAAUCUUAGAAUCCCUCUAGGCAUUAUCCAUCUCAUACUAUUUCAUACUUAUGUAACAUUGUUUGACUGAUAGUGACGACAUCAAAUGCAUGCUUUGCAUUCGUUGCAUUAUUAUUUCAUCAAGGUAGUUCAUUCUUAAGCAUAAACUAUUACAAUUUUUUGGAUUUAUGCGAUUAAGAUGAAUUCCAAUAAAAUUUAAUAAGCACCAAUAUUGUGCUUUGUGAAAAUCUAA